CCUUCCCAGCCACAUUGCAAGUUUUCAGCGCGGGGAGGAUCUGUUGCUGGUGCUGGCGUUCGCAGACACAGCCCCGGAGGCCACCCCGGGUGGGGCGUGCAGGGAGCACUAGCGGGUCACAGCCGCAGCAACAGGAAGCCGCGGGGUCUCCUCCCGCACCUGGGAAGGAAGCUGUGCAAUAGCUCAGCUUGCGCAUCCGAGUGUGGAGGGGCCGGCUGGAAUUUGGGGGACUUGUCUCCGUGGGACACCCCCAACCUUGGCUUCCACACGCCCCCCACCGCUACCGGGCUCCCCAUGAUGCCUGGAUCUCCCUAGACGCUCUCCUCCUGGGGGCCGAGGUCUCACUGCAGCUCUUUCUGUCCUUUCACUAGUGAUUACCGCUUGGGAAUGCGGGUGUGAAGGGUCCGAGCUGCCGCCCAGCGGGGAGGAGACCCCGGGACGCCGGAAAUCACCAUCCUGAAGCUACGAGAAAAGAGGAAAGAGCAUUCUUCAUUCAGUUUUGUGCCUUGUGAAGGAUUUAUAUUUUUUAAUCGCUAUUUUUUACAAAAGAAACAUCUCCGUGCUACUGUCUGUCACCGUCUCUGGGGAAUCAACCAGAUCCACCGGAACAUAACUGAACCGAGAGAGAGAGGGAGUGAGAGAGAGAGAGAGAGGCAGGAACCGAGUCAGUACCUGCAGCGCCCAGCACCGGAGACCUUGGAACCAGAACGCGUCUCGGGAGGCCGCGGGGCUGCGGCUCCGCCAAACUUUGGGGCGGGCAGGGGUGCCGAGGGGCUUCGUAGACGGAGGGCGGCCCCCUAACCAUGAUGUUUCGCGACCAGGUUGGGGUGCUGGCGGGCUGGUUUAAGGGCUGGAACGAGUGCGAGCAGACUGUUGCGCUGCUGUCGUUGCUCAAACGCGUGAGCCAGACCCAGGCCCGCUUCCUCCAGCUCUGCCUGGAGCACUCUCUGGCCGACUGCGCCGAGCUGCACGUCCUGGAAGGAGAGGCCAACAGCCCGGGAAUCAUUAACCAAUGGCAACAGGAAUCCAAGGAUAAAGUGAUUUCCCUUCUGUUAACUCACCUGCCUUUGCUGAAGCCAGGAAACCUCGACGCAAAAGUAGAGUAUAUGAAACUGCUGCCCAAGAUCCUGGCGCACUCUAUCGAACACAACCAGCACAUUGAGGAGAGCAGACAGCUGCUGUCCUAUGCUUUGAUCCACCCGGCCACUUCCUUAGAAGACCGAAGUGCUCUCGCCAUGUGGCUCAAUCAUUUGGAGGACCGUACAUCGACUAGCUUUGGCAGCCAGAGCCGAGGUCGCUCGGACUCUGUGGAUUAUGGACAGACGCACUACUAUCACCAAAGACAGAACUCAGACGACAAACUCAAUGGGUGGCAGAACUCUCGGGAUUCUGGCAUUUGCAUCAGCGCCUCCAACUGGCAGGACAAAAGCCUGGGGUGUGAGAAUGGCCAUGUUCCCCUCUACUCUUCUUCAUCUGUCCCCAACACAAUCAACACGAUUGGAACCAGCACAAGUACGAUUCUCUCAGGCCAGGCACACCACAGCCCUUUGAAACGAUCUGUUUCCCUUACCCCACCCAUGAAUGUGCCAAACCAGCCUCUAGGACAUGGAUGGAUGUCUCAUGAGGACUUACGAGCUAGAGGACCCCAGUGCCUCCCAUCCGAUCAUGCCCCCCUGUCUCCACAAAGCAGUGUAGCCUCUUCAGGAAGUGGUGGGAGUGAACACUUAGAAGAUCAGACCACUGCUCGUAACACAUUCCAAGAAGAAGGUAGUGGUAUGAAAGAUGUUCCAGCUUGGUUGAAAAGCCUCCGCCUGCACAAAUACGCUGCCCUGUUCUCACAGAUGACUUAUGAGGAGAUGAUGGCCCUUACUGAGUGUCAACUGGAGGCUCAGAAUGUUACCAAAGGUGCAAGACACAAAAUUGUAAUCAGUAUUCAGAAGCUCAAAGAAAGACAAAACCUCUUGAAGUCUUUGGAAAGGGACAUCAUCGAAGGAGGUAGCCUUCGCAUCCCUCUCCAGGAGCUGCAUCAGAUGAUCCUGACGCCCAUCAAGGCCUAUAGCUCUCCCACUACUCCUGAGGCGCGCCACCACGAGCCUUCGCUGAUGGGCCCAGAGAAUCCAAGCGCCGACUGCAAAGACAGUGCCACGGUGGCCAACAGCGUCACAGUCAGUGCCUCAGCCGGCGCCAGUGGUGGGCUGCAACCACCCCAGCUGAGCAGCUGCGAUGGGGAGCUGGCUGUUGCACCUCUGCCAGAGGGGGACCUCCCUGGGCAGUUCACACGAGUCAUGGGGAAAGUGUGCACACAGCUCUUAGUGUCCAGACCUGAUGAGGAAAAUAUAAGUUCCUAUCUACAGCUUUUAGACAAGUGUCUCGUUCAUGAGGCAUUUACAGAGACACAGAAAAAAAGAUUGUUGUCAUGGAAACAGCAGGUGCAGAAGCUCUUUCGGUCUUUCCCUCGGAAAACCCUUCUAGACAUAUCAGGAUAUCGACAGCAAAGAAAUCGUGGCUUUGGGCAGUCCAACUCCCUCCCGACAGCCAGCUCCGUGGGCGGUGGCAUGGGCAGACGGAACCCACGACAGUACCAGAUUGCCUCUCGGAAUGUCCCUUCUGCUCGCCUUGGUCUCUUGGGCACCAGUGGAUUUGUUAGCUCCAACCAGCGCCACACCGCUGCCAACCCCACCAUCAUGAAACAAGGAAGACAGAACCUCUGGUUUGCCAACCCCGGGGGCAGCAACAGCAUGCCCAGCCGCACCCACAGCUCCGUCCAGAAGACCCGUUCUUUGCCAGUGCACACUUCACAAAACAUGCUGAUGUUCCAGCAACCAGAAUUCCAGCUUCCUGUGACUGAACCUGACAUCAACAACAGGCUGGAGUCCUUGUGCCUCAGUAUGACGGAGCAUGCCCUGGGAGAUGGGGUUGACCGGACCUCCACAAUCUAGAAACUGAAGAUGAGAGUGACCGCGCUGGCCGUGAAAUCGACUGCUGCGGGCCCAGUGUCAGCCAUCUUCAGGGUUGCAUAGAAUCUUCCAAGACACUUUGCAGCCUUUUUCCCCUGGUCCCUCGCCCAUUUUGAUUUUGUGAGAGCGUAGGUCAUCCUUGUAAACAUAUCAGUAGACCUGGGGUUGGUUUUGUUGUCAUUUGUUUCUGUCGUGGGAUGGGACGGUAUGCAGGGUGGGGAGGGGACUCUAGGGAAAUGUGGGGCUGGGUGGGGGUGGAAGGAUGCUUGUGGCUUCCUGGAUGGAAAUGGGGUGGGCAAGAGUACUGCUAGGAGAGAUGCAAGAGACACACAGGACGGAGGUAGCAGCCCUGCCCUGGGAAGCUUCUCAAAAGCCGGCUUCAUAGUCAGACUGCAGAAGACGGAGGGUACAAGCAACCGGAGCAAGAUGGUGGCUGGCCUGUUUGUGUCUCCUUGACUGGAUUUCCCCGAGGCCCUGCUUGAAACAAACAGCCACCAGAGAGGGCCAUAUGGCAACAAGGGCAAAAGGACGAAAUUCCCUCCAGCAAACUUUCAGAUAAACUUUGAUUUGUGUAUUGUUUACAUAAGAAUUUUAAAGGGUACAUAAUGUGUAGAGUUUGGGUAGAACUUCUCUUCAUACUAUGGUUUUUGUAAAAGACUGAUUGUUAUGGAUUCAUUUUGUUUCAUCUAUUUUUAUAAUAGUAGCAGCGUUGUCUUUUAAAACGGCUGCCAAGCUCUGCUUCUCGGGAAGAUGGAUGCAGUCAAGGAGGCCUCAAGUUGCCGUCUUCCACCAUGAAGUGGAGGGAGUGUGUGGAUGGAUGUGAGGGGUGAGGAUGUGGCAAGGACACAGAGAUGGCGACGCCAUGUGAUCAGUUAGGGAUUUGCUCAUAGAUCACUCAGAGAUGAUAAACUUUGCAACCUCUUUCUGGGCUGGAUUUGCAUCCCACCCAAGGCCUGUCUUGUUUCCCAACCUCCCCACAGGCUCCAUUCUACCAUCCCUGGUCUCACUCCACAGACACACAAGUGGGUACAAGUCCCUCUAGAGAGCUCUGACUCAGAACAUUUGUGAUGGAGCAUUUGCAAGCGCCUAAGCCUGGGGACUGUAUCCCUUUUACACCAUCUCUGCUGAAGAAGAAUGGUCCAGCAAUAGUGCCAGAAAGAUCAGUGCAGAGAGGCAGAGGCACCAUCAUCCAAGGCGGGCUAUGAAAGCAGAAGCAGGAAAGGUUAAAGUUUGUGAGAGAAAUGGUGGCUCUAUUCAUGCACACGAGUCGGGAUUUGCUGUAUUAUGGGAGGGAAAACACACGCACACACACGUGUGCCCAUUACACAGUGAGAGGUUAGCUGUGGCAUCACAGAGUCAUAGCUCUAGUUCUUAAGGACAACAAAGACAACAUUUCAGAAUUUGAUUCGGUGGAGGAUAUUAGAGAGAAUCGAAAAGGAAUUGUGCACUGCCCUGGAAAAUUAGUUGUGCAAAUGGGAUCGUGUAAAUGCUUAACCAGAGGCAUGAUCCAGGAGAUAAUAUAAGGCCUGUUUAUUAAAUUAAAUACAAGGCCUGUUUAUUAAAUUAGUAAAUUAAAAGAGGUCAGACUGAUGCCUCUUUUUAAAAAUUGAGUCUAAGUCAAAAUUAAAGGGAUCGGACCAUGCAAAUGGCUGUACCUUGCCCAUGGUUAUUUGGUUAUUUUUUUUUAAGUUAGUGAGGGGCAUUCAGACUUUAAAGGCCUUAAUAAAAACCCACACACCUUUGUUUGCCUGUCAAGAUUACAAAUGUACACCUAGCCCAGCCUUGGAUGCUGCAACAGAGAUCCUGAAGUCCUAUUAUUACAGUCCAAAAGGCCAAGGGCAUCGUAAGCAGAGAGAGCUUUUAGUGAGCACAGAGGGCUUGGGUGAGCUAUUCCAUGUAGCACAUUACAACACCAGUAACAAAAGAGCGUAGGUCUUGAAGAUGCAAAUCCAUGUGCAGAUGGAGGCAGCAUGUUUAGUUUAUGUAUGUGUGUAUAUAAAUUUUUUUAACCAAGUGCCAUUAACACUUACCCCUCACGUACCUUUUCCAAAUAAAUCUCAAUGUUGGGAAAGGAGCUGGGAUGGAAGAUCACAUGUUAGGCAGAAUAGGUCAAAACGUAGAAGGCCAAAGGCAAGGCCAGAGGGUCUGAGGAUGUGCUUGGAGGAUGCUGAGGAGGUAAACUGAGAGGAGCAACCGGAUUCCUCUUCUUGUAGGAAGCAAAAGGUGUUUGGAUCUGCCACAUACCCAUAAGGACAUAGGCUACUCAGAAGCCAGAUUGUGAUCACAGUCGUAUGAACGUGAGCCUUUUAAAAAGAAGAAGACCAUAGAGUAUUUGCAAAUCUGAAUUCCUAUUUAUUCCUUCAUUGAAUAUAGAGACAAUGGUUAUCUGAUUAUUAGAGAUAUUAUUUUGGAUAUGUUACUUAUUAACUUGCUAUGGCUGGUAACCAUGAUAAAGUCUGUUAUUAGUAACAACAUAAUUCUUUUUUUAAAAAAAAAGGAAAGCUUAUUUUUCAUUGAUUGUAUAGAUUUAUCUACUUAGUUGUGGUUUGCUAUGUUAAUGUUUUCUUUUUUUUUUAAGUUUUCUGGUGAUUUUAAGAGCCUCUCCCCACCUUGUUUUGAGUCCUGUGUUGACUGCAGGUACACAGCUCAAUUUAAAAAUCCUAAAGCAAAGGAAUCUUAUUUAUACAAAGAAUCAAACGGUUUCAUGCCUGAGGCUGUGAGGGCUAGACCCGUAGGAAUAAGCUGCAGUGCCUUUUUUUGUAUUUACCCAUUGACACCCCCCUCCCCGUGCAGCUGUUUUAUAUUAAAUAGUAAAGGUUUGAAACUCUCAGAGUAAAAUCUAUUUUACUGCAUAGGUUUCCCACACACACACUCUGAUUUAAGCGGCAUGUCUCUGCACUGUCUGAGGCACAGUGCUGGUCUACAAUAUCAUGGGUGAUGUUUUAUUGGUGCUUUUUACUCAUAGUGUUUUCUUACCAGAAAACAGUAGGAAGAAACACACGAACUGUGUACAAGACACGAAACAUUGCUGCUGAUGGUGUUUUGCUUUGUUUUGUUUUUCUCCUUCCCUGCCACAUGCUUUUGAGUUUCACUUUUUUUAAACACAAAUCCAGCAAGCAAUAUAGAUGCUGCUGGGUCUGCCUGCCAAGGGCUGCUGUUUGCACCAAGCUCUCUCAUAUCCUGGGUUGAACUGAAGGUCUUUAUCUGCUACCCAGGAUGAGAGCUGCGGCUGGUCCCCACCUCCCAUUCUUCUGAGGCGACACUGAGGGAAACCAGAUUUUCUUUUGAGGUGUCGCUGGCUGCCUUUUACAGAAUGGGGGUCUUCUGCGGGUCUUUUGUUUUUCUGUGCCUCUUGUAGCUUGUGCUGAUGCAAGGUUUGUAGACCUUGUCCCCCAGAGCCUGGGUGGAGGACUGAGCUAGGAAGGAGAGGAAUGUGGGUGUGGGUUCCCUAGGAUGUCUUUCACUCUAGCCUGAGUGGGGGAAGCACCCUGCCCAGGGUGCUCAGGUGUGCCUAUUACAAACAGAACCUGCAGCAGGAUAGUUGUACAUGGAGCUGUGAUAACACUAAUGUUGGGUUUGUUUUUUGUUUGUUUUUCUUUUUUACAACUCAUCAGAGAUGUUUGCAAAGUGACUUUUUUUUUUUAAUUUCCUUUAUCUUGACUUAAAGGUGAAUGCGUAUCCCUCUGGGAGGAGCAAGAAAAAAGCAGGAAUGUUAGUAAUGGCAAACAGAAGACUUCCUCCCUUAUUAAUAUAUAAUCCUCACAUAUUUAUACCUAACGUAAGCUGACCUUCAAAAGGCUUUCUUUCGUUGCAUGCCCUGUGCAGGCAUUCGUAUUGUACAUGCAUGCCUUUUGUCCUGUUUUCCUGUAUAAAGUUAGUGAACAAAGAAAUAUUUUUGCCUAGUUCAUGUUGCCAAGCAAUGCAUAUUUUUUAAAUUUGUCAUAUAUGGAAAGAGCAUGUUUGUUACAUGUAAAAGCUUUACUGAUAUACAGAUAUACUAAUGUUUGAAGAUGCUGUUCUUUGCAAGUGUACAGUUUUCAAAUGUUGUUACCAGUGACAACACCCUUGUGGUCUAAACUUGCUACAAUGUAUUUAUUAUUCAUUUCCUCCUACAGAAUUAAGAAUCAUGGCUAUAUUUCAUAUGGUUAUAUUGAGAGUGAAGGGAAAUGAUUAAUACAAGGUUUUGUAACACUGGGGUGUGUGUGUGUGUCUUUUUAACCCACUAUUUUUGUAAGCACGAUCAAUUGGUUGUGGUUGUUGUUGUUGUGGUUGUUGUUUGUUGUUGUUGUUGUUGUUUAAAAAAAAAAAAGACUAAAGUCUUAGAAAUCAGUCCUAAAUGAAGAAUCCCAAAAAAUUCACUGGUUGACUAUUCUCAGCUGAUCGCGCCAUGUGAUGCCCACCGUUAGCCGAGGGCUCCUUUCUGAAAUGCUCAGGAGAGGGUUGCCAAAAUGUAUGCAGUUUGGUCUGUGUCCAGAAUAGUCAAUAAAUGCCUUGCCCAAAUUAAAUGCAAA